AUGGAUAUCUCUUGCGCCAUCUUCAAAGCAUGGGACGUUGUGCAACACAUAUUCAGAAACAACGGGCCCAUAUUUUUCCAUCUAUUGGGGGCGGGAAAACAAUGGUCAAAUGAAGCUGGUCACGAUUUGAUCAUGGGUGAAAACGGAAAAUUACAUCAACCAGAUACCACUCGAAAGAUCAAUAGAGAGUUGAAGCGAUUACAAGUUGAAGGUGAACUGACAAGCGCAGCAAUUCAAGCAAUCCGCUGUCGUAGUCAUCCACGUGGCCCAGCUGAGCCUGCAUCCCAGGGUACCAGUACGCUUGUGCAAUCGUCUGGCCGAGCUGGACCGGACAUGUCGGGAGACACGCAGUCCGGAAUCAGUUCGGGAAUUUUGCACACAUGCGGAACCGACUUCGGUCAUUCUCGCCACAUCGAAUCUGCCACGAGAGUUGCGCCCGCGGUGAGAUCCAAAUUAGAAAACCCGGUUGGUUGUGCCUGCAGUGGAUUCACGAAUUCCAGAGGCACUGUUUCACAAAGCACACAACUUCAACAUGAAGGACUUCUGAGCACGGAAUUAUCGACGUUGCGUCGAAGGCAGGAAGCUCUAACCGAGCGUAUACACACCCUUCAGAAUCAAUAA